AUGGAUGAUGAAGUUGUACUUGAAUCUCCAUUAAGAAAUAAUCAGACGUGUAAUUCUUCACUUGUGAGGGAUUCUCCAGUUAAGUCGAAUCUUGAGGAGACUGGAAAUCCUGAUGGCACUGUGAAAACUUCUACAGUGGACAAAACCAUCAACCAAGGUAAACAACCGAAGAUUUCUACUCCUAAGCAAGCAACUGUCAUACCACCCAAAGUUUCGUAUACCGUAUCAUUUCAUGAGGAAGUUCGAACUUCAGGCAUCACUGCAAACAUAUCUGAUAUGGAUGCAAAUGUCAACAAGGGUGAUGGAGUAUCGACAAAUAAAGCCCAAGGUAACUCUUCUAUUACUGUCUCAUCUACUUUUGAAACUUCGGGGGUUGAUCCUACUGUUUCCUUACCUCCAUUUCAUACUCCUAUUCCUACCUCAUUACCUGCAACCACACAUUCCCAUCUCAAUCCACCGAAGAACCCAAAACAAUUCAUGACGAUGAAAUAG